ACGAUUCCAUUCCCUUCGCGUAUAAAUCGCAGCAAAAAAGAGAAAAAAAAAAAAAGAGAAAAGAAAGAAACAAAGAUCGCAUCGAGCACGAUAACAAAAAUGUGCCAAUACCCGAUUAUUGGCGUAUUGAUAUUGCUCUUGGGGCACAUCAGCGCGAGUCUAGCCUCGUACGAAGACUUGAGUUCCCUCGAGGUCUCUGACGCAUCCUCGUCGGCAAGCGCCUCUUAUGAGGCCAAGGAGUAUCAGGACGAUUACAAAGCGGCGCCGGUGUAUCGAAGAAACACCGAGAACUCGUACGAGGAUGGAGUCCCAUUGGUCCUGCCCCAACUGGACGACACGGUGGCGUACUGGGAAUCCAUUUACGGAACUGACGACGUCCCGGAAUUUGAGGAGCCGCCGGUGAUCGAGGGUGAGACGAUUUUCAUGGACAUGGACGACCUGGUGGAGGAUGAAGACCCGGAAACGAUCCAAGUGAAGCGCAACGCUUCGCCACCGAGAGGGCUUGGAGAAGAUUUCGUAGUAUCUCGACCCUCCGGGGACGCCGACUAUCAGACUCGAAUGGCGAGCACUAACCGGCCGGAAUUUUACGAUGCGAAGUCUCUGGGGGACUCUGAGAGUUCAACGGCGCUCAAGACCGAUAAAGACGGGCAGGUUUAUGGGUCUGAGGAUUCCGCGAGUGCGGUUUUUUCGUCGAGUUUUAAUCACGGCGUGAAAAGCACCCAGCGAUCGGAGUCGAGCAGUGCGGUUGGUAUGAGGGCUUCGCUUGAUAUUGAUAAUGAAAUGGAAAGUGCUUUGGAGUCUCCAGAGGCGUUUCGAGCUCCCUGGGAAGCCAGGUCGAUUAGAUCGAACAUGCAAAUCGAACCGUUGGGAAAUUCUAAGCGGAAGAUCAUGCAGGCGAAGAAGGACCUUGUCAGUUUAGCUGCCUCAGGCGCCAGCGAGGCAGAAAUAGCUGAAGCUAUGCAGAGGACAGUCGAGGCCAAGCAGGACCUCAUUGAUUCGGUAAUAUUUUCGACUAUCAGCACGGUGCAGAGCAGAAAGGCAUUUGUUGACUCUCUCGCGACAGACACUCAUCAACGAAAAUGUUGUUCGACUACAACCAGAUCGCAGAGCAGGAGCAGAAACUCGUCUCGAUCGGUUUUAAAUUCUACGCAUAAAAGAAUUCAGGCGAAAAAAGAUCUGCUCGAUUCAAUAACAUCCCCGCGAACAGAAAGUGUGGACGGUGACGAUCAAGAAUUAGGUUCCGCCCCCAUUGAUUUCGGGUUGAACAGUUUUUGGACAGAAAAUUAUCAGGGAAAUAGUCAAAUUAAUAGUAAUGUCGAGUCACAUGGAUCCCUUCAGUCCACUCUAGACUUAAAUCUAAAAGUACUUCAGGCGAAAGGGGAGUUGAUUCGCACAAUAGCUGAGGGAGGUAGUCAAGAGGAAAUUGAUGUUGCGAUAGUCAAAACACUCGAGGCGAAAAAAGACCUCCUGGAAUCAGUGGUGUCUAUUGGAACACAGGCUGUUGACAACGGAGCAACACUUUCGACUGUGUUGGACAUCGGAUUGGACAAUUUGUUGAACGAAGAUGACCAAGUAAUUAGUCUAGUUAUUACUAAUCGCGAAUCUCAUAUCUCAUUUCAAACAGUUUUAGAAUUAAAGCGGAAACUGAUUAGAUCAAAAAGGAACUUGAUCCGUAUAGCUGCUGCAAGAGGCAGUAAAUCGGAAUUAAUUGACGCACUAGUUAAGACGCUUGCUGCUAAAAGAGAUCUCCUCAAUUCAAUCCUACCUGCUGAAUUAGUGAACCUCGGGAAUGAAGAAGAAUCAGCUUCUCCUAGUAUUUGUUUUGGAUUAGAUACGAUUUUAAAUAGUGAUCACCAACAAAAUGGUCAAAUUUCUGCCAAUAUUCGGUCCAGUUUAGAUUCGAGAAAACAAUUGAUUCAAGCACAAGGGAAUUGCAUUAAAACAGCUCUGACGGGAGGAAAGCAAUCGGAGUUGAACAAUGCGUUCUUGGAAAUACUCGAAGCGAAAAGAGACCUACUGAACUCUGUGCUGGCUACCGGAGCACAGACUGUUGACAACGGAGAGACGAUUUCCGUGGUGUUGGACAUUGGAUUUGAUAGUUUAUUGAAUGAAGAUGACGACGUAAUUAGUAAGGUUGUUGCUCAUCUCCAAUCUCGUCUCUCACUUCAAACGGUUUUACAGUUGAAGCAAAAACUAAUUGAAGCGAAAGGGAAUUUGAUACGUACAGUUGCUGCAAGAGACACUAAAUUAGAGUUAACUGAAGCGCUUUUCAAAACGCUUGCUGCCAAAAAGGAUCUUCUCAAUUCGAUAAGCUUGGUGAACUUUGACGAUAGCGAAAAAUCAGCUUCUUCUAGUAUUGAUCUCGGAUUAGAUACUAUUUUGAGUAGCGAUUAUCAACAAAAUGGUAAAAUUUUGGCCGAUUUUCACUCCAUUUUAGAUUCGAAAAAAAAACUAAUUCAAGCAAAGGGGAAUUUGAUUGAAACUGCUGUGGCUGGCGGCAAUCAACCGGGAUUGAAUAAUUCGUUUUUGGAAACACUAAAUGCGAAGCAAGAUCUAGUUGAUUCAAUGAUAUCACCCUCAGGCAAGACAGGCGUUGAUAACGAAAAAGACUCCACUUCUGGUGCAAUAGAUCUUGGACUGGAUAGUUUUUCGAACGAGAAUGAUCAGGCAGCUGCUCCAAUUUUAUUAAAUCUCCGACCUCAAUCCUCAUAUCAGUCAAGGUUAGACGCUAAGCGAAAAAGAAUCGACGCAAAAAAGAAUUCGAGUUAUAAAACUACAUGUGAAAAUGGUAGAGCAGAUUUGUCCGAAGUAGUUACGAAAACACCCAAUUCUAAGCAGGAGCUGCUUGACACGACGCGAUCUACUGGAACGUGUCGUGCUACUAAAAAAUACUCCAACGCCGUUCGAAAGUCUACAAUGGAUAGUUCGUCGAACAGAAGUUUUAAAAACGAGGGAAAAAUUGUACACGCAAGUCGUCAAAAAAAUCAAGCAUCACGGCAAUCGGUAUCGAAUUCUAAGCGAAAAAUAAUUCAAGCGACGAAGAAUUUAAUUCAGCCAAUCAUUGCCGGUGGUUCUGAAACAGAAUUUAGUGAAGCGUUCAGGAAAACGCUUGAUGCUAAAAAAGAGCUUCUGGAUUCGGCCACAUCAACUAGAGUCGAGAUAGCUAAUAAUGCGAGGGACUCGUGUCGUGCGGAUUCCCUACAAUCACUCAUAAAUUUGAAGAGAAAAUUAAUUCAGACGAAAAAGGGUCUGCUUGACACAGUCACGACAGGAAAUAAUGCAGCCAAGGUCAAUGACGCACUUAUUAAAGCACUCAAUGCCAAGGAAGACCUAAUUGAUUCGAUAAUAUCACAAAACGAUGGCGAUUUAGUACCGGGUUUGACAAUUCAGAGUGAAGUUGAUGCCUCGUCAACUUUGAGGGACCUUAACUUAUCUGGGAAAUUGAAUAGCCAAACGGAAGUUACUGGUGAAACAACGACAAUUCAAAAUGAGGAAAACUCUGUUCAAUCGACUUCAACUGGAUCUAACAGCAUUAUUGUUGAAGGAGAAAUUGGAAUAUCGAGUUCUUCGAAUAGUAUUAAUCGUGGUAACGAUAUGUCGACGAAUGUGAACAAGAAAAUUCAAACUGAUGACCAGGACGCGGGCGAUUUACAAGGAAGUCUGUCGAUUGGCUAUAAUGAAGACAAUUUUUCGGCGAGCACAGGAAGCCUUGAGUUGUCAGGGAAAUUGAGUGGCGAAGUGGAAAUUACUGGUGGAACCACGAAAAUUCAAGGCGAAGGACGCCUUAUUCAGGCGUCAUCAAGCGGAUCGAGCAACGUUGCUGUUGAAGGAGAAAUCGGAAUAUCAAGUUCUUCGAAUGCCAUCAAUCAAGGAAACGGCACCUCUCUAAAUGUGAACAACAACAUUCAAACGGACGGUCAGGCCUUGAGCGACUUACAAGGGAGUCUGACCAUAGACUACAGCAGAAAUGACUAUUCGACAAGUUCGGGAAGCUGUGAGUUGUCUGGGGAAUUAGACGAUGAAGUGGAAAUCACUGGUGGAACGACGAAUAUUCAAGGUGAAGGAUACCUUAUUCAGUCGUCAUCAAGCGGAUCGAGCAACAUUGCUGUUGAGGGAGAAAUCGGAAUACCAAGUUCUUCCAGUGCCGUCAAUCAAGGCAACAACAUAUCUUUAAGUGUGAACAAGAAUAUUCAAACAGACGGUCAGGCCUCGAGCGACUUACAAGGGAGUCUGACAAUAAAAGGCGAAGGACGCCUUAUUCAGACGUCAUCAAGUGAAUCGAGCAACAUUGCUGUUGAGGGAGAAAUCGGAAUAUCAAGUUCUUCGAAUGCCGGCAAUCAAGGAAACGGCAUAUCUCUGAGUGUGCAGGAGAAUAUUCAAACGGACGGUCAGGCCUCGAGCGAUUCACAAGGGAGUCUGGCAAUAGGAUACACCGGAAAUGACUUUUCGACAAGCUCAGGAAGUAAUGAGUUGUCUGGGGAAUUAGACGAUGACGUGGAAGUUACCGGUGGAAUGACCAAAAUUCAAGGUCAAGGACGCCUUAUUCAGACGUCAUCAAGUGGAUCCAGCAACAUUGCUGUUCGGGGAGAAAUUGGAAUAUCAAGUUCUUCGAAUAUUAGCAAUCAAGAAAACGGCAUCUCUCUGAGUGUGAACAAGAACAUUCAAACAGACGGUCAGACCUCGAGCGACUUACAAGGGAGUCUGACAAUGGGCUACAGCAGAAAUGACUCUUUGACAAGUUCGGAAAGCUGUGAGUUGUCUGGGGAAGUAGACGGAAAAUUGGGAAAUACCAGCGGAACGACGAAAAUUGAAAAUCGAGGAAGUUCUCUUCAGUCGUCUAUAACUGGCGCCAGCAGUGUCGGUGUGUCGAGUUCUUCGAGUUUUGUUGAAAGUUCAAGUCAGAUAUCGCUAACUGCGAACAAGGAAAUUAAGACUAACGCGCAAAUUUCCAGAAAUCUGCAUACAAAUUUGGCAACAAAACAAAAUGGAGGUACUAGCGAAGCGCUCAAAGAAGAAGCGGUGAACGUGGUGAUGCAAGAAAGUCUGGAAAAUGCAAGUUCUUCAAGUGAAAACUCUGGAAAAAAGGUCAGUGAGCCAACGAACGUAGAAAUUGCGAGCAGUAGCAGUAGCGAACUCUCUGGUUCUUUCAACACCAAAAAUCAUUCAUCAACCAACACAGCUACAAGUAAUUCAGGAAUCGAAUCGUCAGUUGAAUUGGGAAGCUCGUUUGAAGCGAAAACGGAAGGUGGCUCGCAAUUAAUUGAUUCAGAAUGCGCGUUGGGACAAUGCGGAGUAAGCGGAAAAUUGCACGUCAACUUGAACGCUGGGAGUGCAAUCAACGUCCAAAGUGAGAUCUUCCCAGCGGUGUGUCUUGCAGAGCCCACACUCUCACUGAAUCUCCAAGAUGAGGAUCAAAUUUUACACAAUACCGAAAUCGAAUUGCAAGAAGACGUGGAGCAGCAGGAAUUGAUCCAAGAAGGAAACAACGAAUAUGCUGACGAACAUGUUGAAUCAAUGCCGGACACUAACGGACAGCUGCUCACUAGCGACAACGAUAAUCAAUCGAACAUUGGCCGAACGUAUUACGGAGAGAAUACACAAUACUCCACAGGUGGUGGCAUUUUUUCCAACGCUCAUCACCGCCUCAUAAACUUGGACGUGAACUGCACUGGAAAAACUGCGUUCAUGAACCCCGAGUGUCAGCAGUUGAACGCAAACCUGGGACAUCCACGAGAUUCAAGCAUGUCAAUCACCCUCCGAACCGUCAAAACGUACUUAAGCCACGGACAAGAGCUUGCGCAAGAAAUGCAGAAUCGUGCUAAGUGGCUCUGCGAAGAAGGUUUCAUCCCAAAACUUCAUACACCGGCGAUGCUUCACCUCCUCAACAGCUUGGCAACUGAAAAUACGGUGGAAAUCAGUCAAAAGUCAGAGUUCUCUUUGUUUGGUACAAAACUUCUGCAACGUAGACUAUCCUCAGAUUUCGAUGUGACGCCAAACACUUUCCUCGAAUUCCUCCAGCAUCACGCGUUCCGCGUGAUUGGAACCGGGCUUUGCUACGUUCGUCCAAAACGCUGUCCGACUAACCAGAUGUACAGAACUUUCGAUGGGUCCUGCAACAACCAGAAACACCCCACUUGGGGACAGACUAAUACAGCAUUCGCCAGGGUUCUUCAAUCCCGCUAUUCUGACGGAGUACAUGAACCGCCGAAGAGUGUCACUGGAGAGGAUUUGCCGAAUCCACGCCUGCUGAGUGUUCAGUGCUUUUCGCAAAACGGCGUAAGCGAUCGAAGACUGACUUUAGCCGUUGCUCAGUGGGGUCAAUUGCUCGCACACGAUACGGCUAUGCAGACGCCCGACCAAACCGCCAAGGGUGGGAUACGGUGUUGCGCUGAUGGUAAACAGCUCUCCAAAAGUCUGCAGCAUCACUCUUGUCUCCCGAUAGAAAUACCGAAGAAUGACGAAUUUUAUUCACGAUUUGGAAGUGAGUGCAUGGAGUUCGUGAGGUCGAUGACAGUUUCGAGGGAGGAUUGCAGUCUAGGACCAGCCGAGCAAAUUAACACGGUGUCCAGCUAUUUGGACGCUUCGCAGCUCUACGGAUCGGACAAGGAAACUGCCGAUCGGCUCAGAGCCUUCGAAGGAGGUAGACUGAAGGUGUCCAUUAGACGGGGGCGCGAACUUCCACCCGUAAUGACGAAUCGUUCACGCUAUUGCGAUGUAAUGAGUCCAUCGGAGGUCUGUUAUCUAGCAGGAGAUGUCCGGGUAAAUCAAGUCCCUCAUCUGACUGCAUUGCAAAUAUGUCUUCUGAGGGAGCACAACAGAAUAGCGGACGAGUUGCAGCGCCUGAAUCCGCACUGGGAAGAUGAACGCGUAUUUCAGGAGACCAGGAAAAUCGUGAUCGCUGAGUACCAGCACAUCACUUACAGCGAGUGGCUUCCAGUUGUAAUCGGAAAGAAGUAUUGCCAGAGAUACGGACUGACGCCACGAAACCAGGGCGGGAUGUCGCGGGCUUAUGAUCCACGUGUCAGAGCAACGACGAUCAACGGCUUCACCACGGCAGCUUAUCGCUCAUUCCACUCGAUGUUGGACGGACAUAUCCAUCUCUGCCCGGCAAGCAGGGAGAUAUCGCACACUCUCCGUCUGAGCAACCAUUACUUCCGUCCUCAGGUCAUAGAGCGAAAUGACAAUCUGGAUGAUCUAAUUAGAGGACUGGUAACUCAGCCGAUGCAAAAAUCCGACAUCAAUUUCGACCCUGAGAUUACCGAAUAUUUAUUUCGGUCAAGGAGCGAGUUUGGCCUGGAUUUGGAAUCGCUCGAUAUCCAGCGUGGCAGAGACCAUGGCAUUCCAGGUUACAAUCGUUAUCGUGAAAUAUGCGGACUGACAUAUGCGACCGACUUCGACGAUCUACGCCGGGAAAUUCCGCUCGAAAACAUCAACAAGCUGAAAAAAGUCUACGCUCACGUAGACGAUAUCGAUUUGAUAGUCGGUGCAGUGAUGGAGAGAAAACCUCCUGGUAGCAUUCUUGGUCCUAUUGUCAGAUGCCUCCUUGGCGAGCAAUUCUACAGGAGUAGAAUCGGCGACAGAUAUUUUUAUGACAAUGCCGAUCAGCCGCAUUCCUUUACUCCAGAGCAAUUCGAGGAAAUCAAGAAGGCAUCCCUUGCCAGACUUUUAUGUGACACAGGUGAUAAUAUAGAAGAAAUUCAACCAGAACCUUUCAGAUUAAUUGCAUUCAACAAUCCUCUGACAUCCUGCUCUGCUCUGCCACGACUUGAUCUUUCUCUGUGGCAAGAGACAGAGUGCAGUUAGAGAAGACAUUUUGUCAUCCAGUCGAUCGUGUCGAUUGUGUCAAUAUGUAAAACUAAAAAUAUGUAGCAAGAUAUAAUAUAUUAUAUACAUAUAUAUACGAAUAUCGUACAUUUUUGUUUAUUUGUAUACAAAUUAGAUAUUACGUGAUUUAUUAU